ACUGCCACCGCCGCCGCUAGCGAGGCGCGGCGGGGAGGGGAUGGAGAGGCGGUCCCGACUCCGCUCCGCCCCCGCUCCGCCCCCGCUCCGCCUCGCUCCGCCCCGAAGCCCAGCCCUACUCAGCCCAGAACGCCACGCCACACCCAGACUCCAACCUCAGGGUCCCGCGAGUCCAGCGACCUCUGCUCAGGGCUCUCUGCUGACUCCCUCUGCAGGUCUCGCCGCCGCACGCCCGGUGCCCGGAACCCUGCCCUGGAUGGGAGCUCUGCGCCCUCGGUCCCGCAGGCAGGGCCUCUCUGUGACCAUGUAUGCUAUCAUCCCCUGAGUUUCUAUUUCUCAAAUUUGGAGGUGCGAAGGAAUGAUGCCACCAAAAGGUACUGCGCCCCUGUCCUCUGCCAAUGACCCCUUGAAAGACUCAAGGAUUCUUGAGGGACCCAAAGCUGGAAGUGGGAGACCCAGAGCUAGGCGCGUUUCCCGGACCCAGCAUCCCCACCUGCCUGCCACUCUUGGAGUCCCUGAACAUUGUCAGGUCGACGGAGGUGUACUUUAGCACUGUCGUCACUCUCUAAGUCCCGGCAGGAAAGUCUGGGACACGUGGCGACGGACAGACAAAACAUACAUUUGUGCUUUAAUGUGUUCGCUUAGUGUUUUGGUGAGAACCUCUGGACGCAGCCAGGCCCCGCCUCCUGCGGUCUUAGAGCGCGCGGUCCAGACUUCGCCGGAUGUUGAUGGCGUCGCCUAGCAACGAGAGAUGGCGGAGCCGGAGGAGCAGGCCGACCGCAGGUCACAGCUGGAAGAUGAGCAGGCUUCUGCCGAUCAGGAGACGGAGCAGCAGUACACUGAAGGCCGUGAGGUAUCACCACAGGUGGAAAACAAUGGCCAAGAAAUUGAUGAGGGCAGAGGUCCCGCCAAAAGUCCUGAAGAGGACGUUACAAUUGAAAGUGGAGGUGAAUCUGAAGGGGAAAUGGUGGAUACUGAGAAAGUCAGCCCGGAUGGGGAAGCCAUCUCUCAAGGAGAAGUGGGGUCUGUCGGAGAGGCUUCCCCAGAAACAGAAGUGGAAUUCAUUGGAGAGGCUGCUCCAGACACAGAGGUGGAAUCCAUUGGAGAGACCGUACUGGAAACAGAGGUGGAAUCCAUUGGAGAGUUCACCCCAGGAACAGCCGUGGGAUCCCCUAGAGCGGCCACACCAGAAAUAGAACUUGAAUCCAUUGGAGAGGCUACCCCAGGAAUAGAUGAGGAACCCAUUAGAGAGAUCGUGACAAAACUUGAAGUAGAAUCCAUUGCAGAGGACAUCUCAGAGAUAGAGGUGGACUCCAUUGGAAAGGCCAUCCUAGGAAUGGAUUUGGAAUCCAUUGGAGGUGCCACACCACAAAAAAAAGCUAAACAUGCUGGAAAGGCCAGACAACAAGUGGAAGUCAAAUUCACUAGAAGAGCUUCCCUAGAAGAACUUAAAGUUUCUGACGAAGAGAAAGCAAAAGGCCAUUUCUCCGAGAUAGAUGAGUUCUCUGAUAUAAUCAGCUCUCCCGAGUUCUCCUACUCUGACGUCAGUCCCUGGGAAAUGGGUAGAGAGGCGAUAAACGCCUCAUCAACAACAACUGACACAUCCCAGCAAGGCAUAUAUGAGCCCGUAGAGCCCACAGAGGUGAGACCCCCAGAGAGUCCCUAUCAAAGAGUCUUUCCUAUGGGGGCACGACACCGCUUCAGACUGAGCAUUAUGGGAAGUCUGACUCCCUCAGACAUUGACGAUCUUCCCCUGGAAACAGAGGAAACUCCUCAGCAAGAGUCAGUGCAGUCAACUCCCAGAGCCCGUGAAGAAACCCGGAUACAGUUCCUAGACCAGGUCCAGACCCUCAGCCCCGAGGCCCUGCUCGAAAGAGCAACGUCUGAAGGGAGUGACGAAGCAGAGGAGGAAGGCACCCAGCUGAUGGUGCUGGACCCAGACCACCCCCUGAUGAUCAGAUUCCAGGAGGCUCUGAAGAGCUACCUCAACCGGCAGAUAGACAAGCUGAAGCUAGACAUCCAAGAGCUGGAUGCAGCCACCAAGCAAACCCGGAUCCAGAGGCAAGAGCUGGGCGUAAACCUGUACGGGGUCCAGCAGCACCUGGCCCGCCUGCAGAUGCAGCUGGAGAAGAGCCAUGACCGGCACUCUCUGGCCGCCUGUGAGCGGAGGAGGAAGGAGGACGAGCUGCAGAGCGCCCGCGCCCUCUACAACAAGACCUGCACAACCGCCAACGAGGAACGAAAGAAGUUGGCGGUCCUGCAGACGGAGAUGGAGAGCCUGGCUCUGCACCUCUUCUACAUGCAGAACAUAGACCAGGAUGUGCGUGAUGACAUUCAAAUCAUGAAGCAGGUGGUGAAGAAGACGGAGACAGAGAAGAUGCAUGCAGAGAUAGAGAAGAAAAAGCAGGACCUGUUUGUGGACCAGCUCACUGAAAGGUCACACCAGCUAGAAGAAAACAUCGCCCUGUUUGAGGCUCAAUACUUGUCCCAGGCUGAGGACACCCGGGUCCUCAGGAAAGCUGUGACGGAGGCCACCACAGAGAUCGACACCAUCUCCAUGGAGAAGAAGCGGAUCCUACAACAGUGGACCACCAGCCUAGUGGGCAUGAAGCACCGGAACGAGGCAUACAGGACAGUGAUGGAUGCGUUCAGGGAGUGUGAGCACCAGGUGAAGUCCAUAGACAGCGAGAUCGAAGCCUACAAGAAAUCCAUCAUGCAGGAGGAAGAGAAGAAUGAGAAGCUGGCCCGCCUCCUGAACCGCGCAGAGACAGAAGCCACACUGGUGCAGAAAAUGACCACCCAGUGCUUAAGCAAGCAGGAGGCUCUGCAGACAGAGUUUAACACGUACCAGCUCGCCCUGCAGGACACGGAGGAGAUGCUGAACAAGGGCUAUGUGGAACACUCUGCAGUCUUGAGUGAGCUCCAGGCCACCCGCCAGGCUCUCCAUCAGGAGCAGGAGCUACGGCAAAAGAUGGAUGAGUCCAUCCUGGACAAGCUGCAGGAACACGGGACCUCCAGCAAGAUGACCAAGUACUUUCAACAGCUCCUUCGGAAACUGCAGAAGGAAAAGACCAACCUGGUGACACACCUUUCAAAAAUUGAUGGCGAUAUCGCCCAGGCCACCCUGGACAUCACCAACACCAACUGUAAAGUAGAAAUGCAUAAGAAGACGCUGGCAGAGCUGGACAAGGAGGUAAAGAGGUUCAAUGAGCUCAUCACCAACAGCGAGAGUGAGAUUGUCCGGCGCACCAUCCUCAUCGAGAGGAAGCAGAGCCUCAUCAACUUCUUCAACAAGCAGCUGGAGCAGAUUUUGUCCGUGUUAGGGGGGGAAGAAGCUGGACCGCUGGAACUGGAGAUCAAAAAGCUGUCGAAGCUGACAGAAGAGAACAACACUGGAGUGGCUGAGGCGCAGAUGACCUGGUUGCGUCUGCAGCAGGAACUGGUCCAGGUCACGCAUGAGCGUGAGGAGCAGCUGGUGUCCGUGGACCAACUGAAGAAGGAGAUGCACAUCAUGGAGCAAAAGAAGCUUCGCAUAGAGAACAAGAUUGAGCACGAGAAGAGGGAGCAAAAGAUAGUGAGCCGCCACAUGAGGGACCUGGACAACGACCUGAGCAAGCUCAACAUGAUGUUUGACAAGAACCGGUGCAAUUCGGAACUGCUGGAGCAGAGCAACAUAGCGGCCGAGACAGAGUUCGUGCGCACCCUGAAGGACGCAGAAAGAGAGACCAUCCAAAUGCAGGAGAAGCUGACAGAACUCUCUGAGGAAAAGGCUACCCUCCUCAACAGCCUGGUGGAGGCGGAACACCAGAUCAUGCUCUGGGAAAAGAAAAUCCAACUGGCCAAGGAGAUGCGCAACUCAGUGGAUUCUGAGACUGGGCAGUCAGAGAUCCGUGCCAUGAAGGCCGAGAUCCACAGGAUGAAGGUUAAGCACGGGCAGCUACUGAAGCAGCAGGAGAAGAUGAUCCGUGACAUGGAGCUGGCUGUGACCCGCAGGGAGACCAUCGUCAUCCAGGCUGAAGGGCAGAGCAAAAUAGACAAGAAGGUGGUCACCAAGACAGACUUCCACUACCAGCAGAGUGAGCUGCGGAAGAAAAUCAGAGAGAUUCACAAGGCCACAGAGGAAUGCGCCAACACCAUCUCAGAACUGGAAGAAACUCAGAAGCUGCUAAGCGGCUCCCUCCAGGAGAAGCAGCAGUCGCUGUCAAACAUGCAGGCUGAGACAGAUGCUCUUGAAGAGGAGAUCAGCCAGCUCUCAGUCCUCAAACGGCAGAACCUUUUGGAGAUCGUGACCCUGCAGAGCCGUGCCAAGCACCUGCAGGCCGCCGUUGACGGGAAAUACGUGUUUCUGCACCGCAACAGCAAGUCCCAGCUGAUGGAGCAUAAGCGCCUGAGCGCCCGGCUGUCCCAGCUCAACAGCAUCCUCUCCAGCAUGCAGGGAGACUACCCACAGUACCAGGAGGUGCUGCAGAAAAUCCAACAGAAGAUCGCCCCCAAGCUGGAGGCCCCGGAGCCCUCCUAGACGGCGCCUGGCCUGCACCUUCCAGGACUGUUUCGGAAGCAGACCCAGGGAGUCACCCCAUGUUCUGAAAAGCCACGUGUCCCCUACAGCCACAACCUGUCUAAAAACCACUGGCAGGCCAGACACUUGAAUUUUAGCCUCUCCGCUGUUCACACCCAGUGAAAUGCAGCCACCCUGAUCCCCACCAACGCUUUGGUGAGUGUGCCCGAAGAGGCAUUACCUGGGUGUGAAAAAAAAUCCACUCUCCUGUUGGACUGACCACUCUGUAAGACCAUCCUGUUGGCAGUUCUGCGGUCACAUCCAGUGCCUCUCGCUGUCCUGGGACAGGCCCUCAACUUUGUGGAGCAAGUAAUGGAGAGAGGAUCCCAAAGAAGCCAGGAGCAAAUUAGACUGUUUGAGCCCUGGGAAGGCCUGUUCUAGCAUGUCUGAACCCCAGAAGAUACCCCAUUCUCUGCCCCACAGAAAGCUCAGCCUUCUGAUGCCCCCACCUCCCAGGAAGCCUAGAACCCAAAGACCAAAGCCGAGGCCCCCAGGAGUUCAAGGAGAGCAAAUGCCCUUGGACAGAAACGACUUCAGCAAGAGGACACCUGUCUCUCAUCCACCAUCCUCCGACCUCUCUCUCUUCUUCAUCUCUGGCUCCUCUACCCUGGGAUUUCUGGGCACCAGUUGCCUUUUUUCUUGUGUAGACGAGAAAUGGAAAAUGUCCUGUGGAAUAAUUUCAGUUUUAAACUUUAACAGCAGAAAAAAAAAUAAAGUUUACAAAAGCUGUUUCUAGUCAAAA